GCCAGGUGCAACGGGGGUUGUAGCCCACUUGGCGGAGCUGAGUGGGACUUCACGGGGACCAUGGAGCUGCUCAAGCUGAACCGCAGUAUGCAGGGACCCGGGACCGGGCCGGGUUCCUCCCUGUGCCGCCCGGGUGUCCCCCUCCUCAACAGUAGCAGCACCGGGAACCUCAGCUGCGAGCCCCCUCGCAUCCGCGGAACCGGGACCAGAGAACUGGAACUGGCCAUUAGAGUCACCCUUUACGCCGUGAUCUUUCUCAUGAGUGUUGGAGGAAACGUGCUCAUUAUUGUGGUCCUGGGACUGAGCCGGCGCCUGAGAACUGUCACCAAUGCCUUCCUGCUCUCCCUGGCAGUCAGUGACCUCCUGCUGGCUGUGGCUUGCAUGCCCUUCACACUCCUGCCCAACCUCAUGGGCACAUUCAUCUUCGGCAGCGUCAUCUGCAAGGCCGUUUCCUACCUCAUGGGGGUGUCAGUGAGUGUGUCCACGCUAAAUCUCGUGGCCAUCGCCCUGGAGCGGUACAGCGCCAUCUGCAGACCACUGCAAGCACGGGUGUGGCAGACCCGCUCCCACGCAGCACGGGUGAUCUUAGCCACGUGGCUACUGUCUGGACUGCUUAUGGUCCCUUAUCCUGUAUACACCUCAGUGCAGCCAGUGGGGCCUCGAGUGCUGCAGUGCGUGCAUCGCUGGCCCAGUGCGCGUGUCCGCCAGACCUGGUCAGUACUUCUGCUAAUGCUUUUGUUCUUCGUCCCGGGCGUGGUUAUGGCUGUGGCCUACGGGCUCAUCUCUCGCGAGCUUUACCUUGGCCUUCGCUUUGAUGGUGACGACGGUGAGAUCCAAAGCCGGGUCCGAAACCAAGGAGCCCUGCCGGGUGGAGCAGCACCAGGGCCUGUCCAUCAGAACGGGGCUUGCCGGCCUGAAACUAGCCUGGCUGGGGAAGACAGUGACGGCUGCUAUGUGCAACUUCCGCGUUCCCGACUGGAGAUGACUGCACUGACCACUCCCACUCCUGGGUCAGGCCCUGGCCCUCGGCCCAACCAGGCCAAGCUGCUGGCUAAGAAACGGGUAGUGCGAAUGCUGCUGGUGAUUGUUGUGCUUUUCUUCCUGUGUUGGCUGCCAGUGUACAGCGCCAACACGUGGCGCGCCUUCGAUGGCCCAGGGGCACAUCGAGCCCUCUCAGGGGCCCCAAUCUCUUUCAUCCACUUGCUGAGCUACGCCUCUGCCUGUGUCAAUCCCCUGGUCUACUGUUUCAUGCACCGCCGCUUUCGCCAGGCCUGCCUGGAUACAUGUGCCCGCUGUUGCCCACGGCCUCCACGAGCUCGCCCCCGGCCUCUUCCGGAUGAGGAUCCUCCUACCCCCUCCAUCGCUUCACUGUCCAGGCUAAGCUAUACCACCAUCAGCACACUGGGACCUGGAUGAGGGGUUGAGGGAAUGGAGGGUAAGACAGGACACACGAUCCCUAUAAACAGACCCAUCCAAACACAUAAGAAACACACCAUGACUCACCCAGGUGGACGUCCAACAGCACGGAUAGCCGCCUACACACAGAAAGUGUUACCUUUGCUGCCCCACCUGAAACAGACUGGAGUCUCAACAAGCAAGGAGGCACACUUCUGAUAGGGGACUGAGUCCCACCCUAGGCACCUGGCACCGACCCCACUGGAUAGACAAUCACAGUGUCUGUAGCAGUGAAUUUUCGCUACACAAGGGGAGCUCUGACAAUGGCUGACUGGCUCCUCAUGUGUGUAAAUUAAUGGCACUACCCAUUAGUGCCCAAACCUAAUGCCAGACUAACCUAGGAUGUUGCAGACUGUCCCCAGUUUGACCUCAUCAUUCCCUUCGUCACCCAGCACUGAAAAUAACAAUAGGCCUAAUCACAUACCUUCCCAACUUGCAGACCUUUCCGCAACGAAAAAUCCCCUUAUCCCUUUCUAUUAGGGACUGCAGCCCUGACCCUCUUCCUUCACCAGACCACUUCUUAAAAUAAUAAAUGGCUUAGUGUCCUCUUGGGUGUUCUGAACUUUGGGAGGCAAGUGAGCAUUAUGGAUUGUGUAAAGGCUUCUUCAUCUGUUUUCUUCCACAACUACUCAACCCUGUGUCCGACACUGUGCAAAAAUGUCUUGGGUAUACUCUCACUCGGUUCUCAUCUCAUCUCCCCAUAGUCCAGUGAUGAUUCUGGGAUCCAUUCACGACACUUCAUGUUU